AUGGAUCCCAUGCGAAGAUUAUACGAAACCUUACCUGGGGGAGAUAUCGUCCAUCCACCCUCAUUUCCAAAGCGGCCAGAUAUUUUCAAUAGAGCGCCACUAGCCCCAGCGUUGACCGAAGACAACGCAUUUCUUGCCCGUCGAUUUUGGCAGCAGCCCGAUGAAUCCCUCGAACGUGCAUGGAAGGCACAUGCAAAUCGACCCUAUACACGAGCACCCGACGAUGAAGAAUCCGUAAUGCAUGCGUUGGCUCACAACGUCUAUGAGCACCUGAUGAGCAAUCCACUUCUACCUAUCUCGCGUGAGAAUGCACGAGCCAGAUUCACAGAGGAGGGCUUGGACGAGACCUAUAACGGCGUGCAGGGGCUGGAUGCAAUGAAACAAAAAGUCUUCGUACACGGCCUUAACGUCAGAGAUCCGGAUCUUUGGACGAAAGAUGCACUCACAGAAGAACUGACAUCGAGGGGUCUAAGCACAAAUGGGAGAAAGACAGACCUACAACGUCGUCUAUGGGAAUACGAAUGUGAUGAGCGCUUUGGGGUCUCGAAACAAAGCAACCUGAGUCACUGGGGUAUCCAUCGUGAGCCAAGGCCUGUAAUGAGUCCUGCUACGAGAACAGAUAUGUCUGCACUUGAAAUGUAUACCGCGGCAAUUAAACUGAGCCCGUACAAUCCAACAUACUGGAACAGCCGUGCGUAUUGCCAUUACCUACUAGGCCAUUUUGAUCUCGCCAUUGGAGAUGCCUACCGCGGAGAACUUCUCUGCGAAGUGUUGACGACAGCAACCCAAAGGAACAAACGCCCUGGGAUGUAUACCCGAGUUUGGGACGCCAUUCAGCAGCACCUGAUGAUGGAAUUGAAGAUCAAGGGAGUCCCAAUGACAAGGGAGGUUCUGCAAAUGAGGAAGGCAAAUGGUGUCAACUAUUUCAUUCCAACUCUGAGGAACGCCCUUCACAGCAUCACCAGUCUCAGCCUCGCAGCAUUGAAUUGUUGGGAUGAUUUUGAUGACCACAUGCAUGGUCAACUCCAACGACCUCUGCCAUACCGCGAUGUGUCAGUCCCCAAGAAACGGAUGACAGUGAGCGCCCGCGUGAAAGAGGAGAUCGCACAGAGGAGAGAUAUUCCCUCAACGCUUCAUCCGUCCCUUUAUGGACACGAGUGGAGCCGAGGAUGGAUUUCAGGCGCCGAUAAAUAUCCAUACGACCAAGCGGAUGUGAAACGCGAAUCGCCGCACUUCAUCAAUGCACUCAAUGCAAAUCUCUUCAUAAUCAAUGCCAGUGUCGGAAGAUUUUCCCAACGGACAUGCCAGGUACGACCACUCACAAAGGACAAUUGCUUCAAUGGCUUGGGAGUCUUUGCCACUGCAAACAUCAAAGCAGGAACCUUAAUUCACUACGAGGAACCCGUUGUUCGCGGAAAUCUCAUCCCCAACAAGCUACUCGAUGAUGAAAGCCAAGACACCCUCCAUGUGCCACGAUGUGACAACUGUCAAACGUUGAUUGACCCAGACGAGGUCCAGCAUAUCGAGGACAACUGGGACUCCAUUCAGGAUCCGGCACCAGAUCCCGGAUGGAGGCACCAAGCUGAUUGCGUGUGUCUUGACAUGAUGUGUAAAUGUACGGAUGUAGGAUAUUUCAGAGCGACGAGAGGCGGUCUGCUGUUCUGUUCUUCCAACGAUGCAAUAUCAGACGGCAUGGCUCCCCACUGCUUGUCCAUUGCGCGCGAAACGUACCAUUUCCAAGAAUUCUGUGGCCUCGAUUGGGGCUGGUUGCACGAUUCCAUGCGACCUAAUAAAGUGACAUGGGGCGGAUCGCAGUAUUUUACUCACACCAAUGAACGCCACGGGACUGUGUUGAGUCUACUCUUGAAGAGCGUGUUCGAACUCACGCUCCACCGCCGUCAAGAGGACCCUAAUCUUUUCGCGCAUGAAAUUAACGAACUCCUCGUCCUCGAGGCAGGUACCGACACCAACGAGCCGUGGAAAGACACCUGGUUCCCUUUCACUCUGGCCGGUAAUAUCCAGAUACCGUUCGAUAUCCUCUUCAACCUUGGAGUGGACAUUUUCUGCGACCUCUCAUUCGAUACUUGGGUCAUUCAGACUGUACUGCGGAAGUUGCUGGUCAAUGCUGUACCAUGGGAGCAUGCACGGCGAGGUGCGAACCCAACGUUCACUGAUCGAGAUGGUCCCAAGCCGGUGCUACACCCAACCCUACAAAGUAGAAUGAGAGACAGACACGAAGAUCUCUCGGCAAUGGAACCAUCGUUUGGGAAUUUCUUUCUCUUUCCUGGAUUUAGCAUGUUCAAUCAUUCCUGUCGUCCUUUUGAGAACGCACUGUGGGGAUACGAUGACAAGGUCCCCAACCGCGUGGUCAUCUGGGCGAACAAGGAUAUCAAAGCUGGAGAAGAGAUUAGAGUUCCAUAUCAACGUUAUAGGAUCGCUGAUCCCGUUGGCGAAGACUCCGAUCUCAAUAUGCACGCUGUGCAACUGUUUGGAAAGAACUGCGAGUGUCCCAGGUGUCAAGGCCGAGGGCUUGCUCCUACUGUUGAUAAAGGGAACAUUGAAUCUGUGUCUGAUAGCGAUGCUGCCCAGGGCGAUGGGACUAUUGAUUGGACACCGGGUCCAGUGACGAUUCCGCCAAAGCGGGAAUAUUGGAGUGGCGUUCUUGGAGAGGAUGAUUCUGAGAUGGAGGACUAUUUGAGAGAGUACCGGGAGAUUGUGGAAGAUAUAUAUGAUACAUACUACGAUCUCGAUGGCGAUGAGGACGAGGACGAGGAGGAGGGGGGGGAGGGGGAGGGAUAG